AUGCGAAAGCGUCCGCUCGAGUGCGAUACUUGCAAGGCGUUUCUGAACCACAACAAUCGCAACCAGCCUGCGUUGCACGUGGGUGAUCAAUCGAAAGGUCGCGGGAGCAGGUACGUGACACAGGGGCUGCGGGCUACAAACACCGACCUUCGUGGUCAGGGAGGGGGGCGGGGUUCAGUCUGCCCAGAUGCGACCAAACGCGACACAAGCUACUGCCAAGAUGGCAAAUGCGCUAUUCGCUUCCUCACGGGUAGCAAAAAAUCCAAAGGGCCUCAAUCCUCGUUUCGCAAGAAAAUCAAACUUACUGAUGAUUCGCGUCUUACAGAGACGACAUUUGCGGGGAAGACGUUACGCGGCGGGUUCCAUCCGGUGGCUUGGGCGCUCGGUGGUGGUGUGUCAGAAGCGGAUGCAAGUGACCUCCCAGGCGGUGCUUCGUCGCCCCUCCUGACGACCUGCUGGUUCUGCCUCCACCAGGGGAACCCUUGA